AUGUUGCUGCUUCUGCUGCUCCUGCUGUCCCAGGAAGUUUUGGGAAGUCUCAGAGCCAAAUGUCUCCUGACUCUGAAGAGGGACGAGGUGCAUCCACAAAACUAUUACAAGCCAGGAGAGUUUCUCAUUUGUGGCAUUGUCUCUGCAACAAGGAAGUUGCUUCUACCAAUAAGUUUCAACAAAUCUCCUUUGACUCAAAUUUAUCAGAAAGCAUUAACAGAGUACUGGAAAAUCCUAUCCUUCCUUUUUGCAAUCCAGGCAAUCAACAAGAAUCCCAACAUUUUGUUCAAUGUCACCCUGGGAUACAACAUCUAUGACCAUUAUUUCACAACACAAAUGACUUCGGAGGCUUUGCUGGACCUGCUUUCGGAGGGGGAGGCCAAUGUUCCCAACUACAGUUGUGGAAGGCAGAGAAACACCGUGGCUGUUCUUGAAGGGGCUGAUACAGACAUCUCCUUCCAGAUUUCAACCAUGUUGGGAACCUUCAAAAUCCCACAGAUCAGUCAUGGUUUUGAUUCCCAGGUUGUGAGUGAUGAAAAUCCUUUCUUCCACCCAAUGCUCCCAGCUGAAGGAGUCCAAUACCUGGGGAUGGUGAAGCUGGUCCUCCAUUUCAGGUGGACCUUGGUGGGUCUCCUUGCUCCAGACAAUGAGAAUGGACAAAGCUCAAAUCUCUCAGUAGAAUCACAGAUAAUAAAGGAUCACAUCAAACAGCAGCAUAUGGAGAAGACUCUUUUGGCCAAGAAGCUAAGCAGGCUAAGGUCAAGUGAGAAGAUGAAGGGGCUUCAUCCUUUCCUUCAAACCUCUCAAUUUUAUAAUAAUUCCAUCAAUGGGGUCUAUUUGGAUGAGAAUGGAGAGCUGGUAGCAGACCUGGACAUUGUGAACACGGUGAUUUCCCACAAUAUGUCUGUUAGCCAAGUGACAGUUGGAAAUCUAGAAAGUGUGGGAUCCUCGCAUUUCAAGUUCAUGAUGAACCAAAAUGCUAUUGCAAAUGUGGAAAUGUUGAACAAGCCCCUGCCUCCUUCCAGGUGUGUGGAAAGCUGUCCUCCUGGGUUCAUGAAGGUGGCUCAGGAAGGGAAGCCCAUCUGCUGCUACAAUUGUCAUCCUUGUCCUGAAGGAACCAUCUCCACUGAGGAAGGUGUUGGCUUGGGGAUCUUCAUUAAAUUCAUGGAAACACCAAUUGUCAAAGCCAACAACCGGGAACUCUCCUACUUCCUUCUGAUCUCCCUCCUGCUUUCCAUUUUGACUUCCUUCCUGUUCAUUGGCCGGCCAAGGAAGGUGACCUGUCUCCUCCGACAAACAGCCUUCAGCAUUGUCUUCUCAGUUGCCAUUUCUUCAAUCUUGGCCAAAACCAUCACAGUGGUGUUAGCCUUCUUGGCCACCAAACCAGGGAAUAAAGUGCAGAGAUGGUUGGGGAAGAGUUUGGCCAACUCCAUUGUCCUUUCUUGUUCUGGUCUCCAAGCUCUCAUCUGCAGCAUCUGGUUGGGAACUUUCCCCCCAUUCCCUGACUCUGAUAUGCACUCCCAACUUAGAGAGAUCAUCUUACAAUGCAAUGAAGGCUCUGUCACCAUGUUUUAUGUUGCCCUUGGGUACAUGGGCUUCCUGUCUGCUGUCUGCUUCACGGUGGCUUUUCUGGCCAGGAAUCUCCCUGGGGCCUUCAACGAAGCCAAGCUGAUCUCCUUCAGCAUGCUGGUCUUCUGCAGUGUCUGGGUGUCCUUUGUGCCUGCCUAUCUGAGCACCAAAGGGAAGUACACGGUGGCUGUUCAGGUCUUCUCCAUCUUGGCCUCCAGUGCUGGUCUGUUGGGCUGCAUCUUCUUCCCUAAAUUCUACAUUAUUAUUUUUAGGGCAGAUCUGAAUACCAAAGAACAUUUGAUGUCAAAAUAA